AUGCCCGGAUUUACCGCCGCCAACACCUACUACACACUCAACAAUGGAGUGAGAAUCCCCGCCGUCGGAUUCGGCACCUUUGCCAACGAGGGUGCCAAGGGCGAGACCUACGCUGCCGUCAAGAAGGCCCUCGAGGUUGGGUACCGUCACCUUGACUGCGCGUGGUUCUACCAGAACGAGGACGAGGUCGGCCAGGCGCUUGCUGAGUUCCUCGAGAACCACAAGGACGUCAAGCGCGAGGACAUCUUCAUCUGCACCAAGGUCUGGAACCACCUGCACGAGCCCGAGGAUGUCAAGUGGAGCUUGCAGAACUCCCUCGACAAGCUCAAGGUUGACUACGUCGACCUCUUCCUCGUCCACUGGCCCAUUGCCGCCGAGAAGGACGAGAAGAACAUGCCCAAGAUUGGCCCCGAUGGCAAGUACAUCAUCAAGAAGGAGCUCACCGAGAACCCCGAGCCAACAUGGCGGGCCAUGGAGGAUCUUGUGGAUGCCGGCAAGACGCGGUCGAUUGGUGUUUCCAACUGGACCAUCCCCGGCCUCCAGAAGCUCCUCAAGUUCGCUCGCAUCAAGCCCACCGUCAACCAGAUUGAAAUCCACCCCUUCCUCCCCAACACGGAGCUCGUCGAGUUCUGCUUCAAGAACCAGAUCAUCCCUGCCGCCUACUCUCCCCUCGGCUCUCAGAACCAGGUCCCAUCGACGGGCGAGCGUGUCCGUGAUGACCCCCUUCUCAAGGCCGUCGCCGAGCGCAGCGGACACAACCUUGCCCAGGUGCUGCUUGCCUGGGGUCUCCGCAGAGGCUACGUCGUGCUCCCCAAGAGUUCGACCCCCUCGCGUAUCGAGAGCAACUUCCAGAUUCCUGUCCUGCGCGACGAGGACUUCAAGGCCGUCCAGGAGGUCGCCAAGGGCCGUCACUGCCGCUUCGUCAACAUGAAGGACACCUUCGGCUACGAUGUCUGGCCCGAGGAGUCGGACGGCCAGCUCGGCAAGCAGGAGUAA